CUAGUUCUUCGAAAUUCAAUAAUUCAAAUUAAUAGAGAGGAAAGAGUCCAAAAGAAGGACACAUAUCGACCAACAUCCAGCCGCCCCGUUCGCGUUUCGUUUUUCCGUUACUCAUGUGACGGUAAACAGCCAAUGAAAUGUGUUGCUAUUAGGCGUUGGUUGGUGACGUCACAAUUCGUAUAAAUAGCAACCGCCAUUUGAAAAUCGCCAAUUCGUUUGGAAAGCUGCAUUACUAGCUCAACCGAACGUCAGUUCAAUCCAUUCUCAUAUUCAUUUGUGGUGAAUAACUAAACCCGACAAACAAAAUGCGUGAAUGUAUCUCAGUCCAUGUUGGCCAAGCCGGAGUACAGAUUGGAAAUGCCUGUUGGGAACUUUACUGCCUUGAGCAUGGCAUCCAACCUGACGGUCAGAUGCCAUCUGACAAAACUGUAGGAGGUGGAGAUGACAGUUUCAACACCUUCUUCAGCGAAACUGGUGCCGGCAAACACGUGCCAAGAGCAGUAUUCGUAGACUUGGAACCCACUGUAGUAGAUGAAGUAAGGACCGGCACAUACCGUCAGUUGUUCCACCCAGAACAGCUUAUCACAGGCAAAGAAGAUGCUGCAAACAACUACGCUAGAGGACACUACACCAUUGGAAAAGAAAUCGUUGACUUGGUACUUGACAGGAUCCGUAAAUUGGCUGAUCAAUGUACCGGACUUCAAGGUUUUUUGAUCUUCCACUCUUUCGGAGGUGGUACUGGUUCUGGAUUCACUUCACUGUUGAUGGAACGUCUUUCCGUUGAUUAUGGAAAGAAAUCAAAAUUGGAGUUUGCCAUCUACCCAGCUCCUCAAGUAUCCACUGCCGUUGUAGAACCAUACAACUCCAUCUUGACCACGCACACCACUCUUGAACACUCUGACUGUGCCUUCAUGGUAGACAAUGAGGCCAUCUAUGACAUCUGCAGACGUAACUUGGACAUUGAACGCCCAACAUACACCAACUUGAACAGGCUCAUUGGACAGAUCGUUUCUUCCAUCACUGCCUCUUUGAGGUUCGACGGUGCCCUCAACGUUGACUUGACAGAAUUCCAAACGAACUUGGUUCCUUACCCUCGUAUUCACUUCCCUCUGGUCACUUACGCCCCAGUAAUCUCUGCCGAAAAAGCCUACCACGAACAAUUGUCUGUUGCUGAGAUCACGAAUGCCUGCUUCGAGCCUGCAAACCAGAUGGUGAAAUGUGACCCCCGACAUGGCAAAUACAUGGCUUGCUGCAUGUUGUACAGAGGAGAUGUCGUACCAAAGGAUGUCAACGCUGCCAUUGCCACCAUCAAGACCAAGAGAACCAUCCAGUUCGUCGACUGGUGUCCCACUGGAUUCAAAGUUGGUAUCAACUACCAACCUCCAACUGUUGUUCCAGGAGGUGAUUUGGCUAAAGUACAACGAGCUGUUUGCAUGUUGUCCAACACAACAGCCAUCGCUGAGGCCUGGGCUCGUCUGGACCACAAAUUUGAUCUUAUGUACGCCAAGCGUGCUUUCGUCCAUUGGUACGUAGGAGAAGGUAUGGAAGAAGGAGAGUUCUCCGAGGCCCGUGAAGAUUUGGCCGCUCUUGAGAAGGAUUAUGAAGAAGUUGGCAUGGACUCUGGAGAGGGCGAGGGUGAAGGAGCCGAAGAAUAUUAAAUGGAUUAAACGAAACACUGACAUUUUUUUCAAAAUUUCUCAAUUUUCAUGCUUUACCUCUAUUCAAGAAACGAUUUUUAAGUCUGAUUUAUGUUAUUGAUUAAAAACUUUUUUUACCUGCA